AGUUAAUUAAAUCGCCAUUAUCAUUGUACAAUUUUGUAAUACUAUUACGAUGUUCCUUAAACUGCUAAUUUUAUCUCUUGCGUAUUGUGCAGUGCAAGGUGCAAAUCUACGGUUUUAUCCUGAACAUAAAAGUAGAAUUGUUGGAGGUAAAGAUGCACCUGAUGGCGGAAUACCAUAUCAGGUUUCGCUGAGGAGCAUUUACGGCUCCCAUUUUUGUGGAGGUUCCAUUUUAGAUAAAAGGUGGAUUCUGACAGCUGCUCACUGUACUGUUGGGUCAUCAACUGGCAGCGUGAAAGUUGUGGUCGGCACAAACAGUCUUGUCGAUGGUGGAGAGAAGUACUCGGUGGACAAAAUUAUUGUCCACGAAGGUUAUGAUGGCGGUUUGAUCUUCAACGACAUUAGCCUCGUCAAGGUCACGAAAGAUAUCGUGUUCGGCGAGAGAGUAAAACCAAUAUCACUUCCGGAAUUCAAUACAAACGCUGACGCAGAACUACUUUUGACGGGAUGGGGGAGAUUAUCAUAUCCCGGUAAUUUGCCCGAUGUUCUACAAAUGAUUAAUGUGACUGCGUGGGAUAAUCCUGUAUUUGAUUCGCAAAUUUGCUCUCUUACAAAAGCAGGAGAAGGAGCGUGUCACGGUGAUUCUGGAGGUCCUCUGGUUGAAGACAAUCGGGUCGUUGGCAUCGUCUCCUGGGGCAUGCCAUGUGCCAGAGGAUACCCUGAUGUCUACACUAGGGUCUACUCUUUCCUUGAAUGGAUUCAGGCAAAUAUAAAUGAUGAAGAAAAUGAGAAGACAAAGACAACAUAACGUGUCUUAUAAAAAUAUUGUACUAUGUAUUGUUAUAUGCAAUUAGAUUUUGUAUAAAUUAUAUAUUUGUUUUCAAUUGAAAGGAAGUCAGAUCGUUGUCUCGCAGUAGUCACAUGUCAUUAUCAAGUUAUAAAGUGGCAGAUCUGAGACAGCAGGAUUCCUUAUUUCCCUUCACCAAUGUUAAUCGGGUAAUGAUUAACAAUACCGACCAUUUAACGCGUACGGAAAAGAAGCAAAAGGAAUAUUUUAUAUUAUCUGAUAUGUAGAAUGUAUCCUGUAAUUGUUACAUAUAUAUCAUCCAGUGAAGCUAUCAGAUGUCUGUAUUUAUUCCACUGAUGUUGGAGGAAGGAGCCUUGUUGGAAAACAUGACGCAGGCGUUACCUCGCUCUGAGGCGUUCUAUUUAAGGCUUGAAGUGCAACGAGCGACAAAGAGGCACAAUCGGCAUCCGCGUUCGGCAGCGUUCAUUCGUUAAAA